GGGAGGUGAGGCUGCUGGCUCCUGGGGCGUCUAAAGAAGCUGAGGACCGCAGUGGAUGCUCCAGAUCCCGAGAGCGACAGAGAGAGCGAAUCCAGAUGGGGAGGCCAGGGAGGAGACCGGGAGGCCGAGCCGGGCCUGGUAAUUUGGGGGGACUCUUUCCUCUUCCAAAAGAGGAGCCCAGACGACGAGGCUCAUCUCUCACGAAUCUAAAAGCCAUGUCUAAGGGACCCGUGUCCUUCAAGGACGUGACCGUGGACUUCACCCAGGAGGAGUGGCAGCACCUGGACCCUGCUCAGAAGGCCCUCUACAGGGAUGUGAUGUUGGAAAACUACUGCCAUUUCGUCUCUGUGGGAUUUCACAUAACAAAGCCUGAUAUGAUCCGCAAGUUGGAACAAGGAGAAGAGCUAUGGGCAGAGAAAGUUUUUCCAAAUCAAAGCUGUCUAGAAGAUGAAGAUGUUUUGGUGAAGUUCAAAGACUGCCAAGACAAGCAUUCUAAAUCCAUUGUAAUCAUCAACCACAGGAAACUCAUUAAGGAGAGAAGUAACAUUUAUGGGAAAACAUUUACACUAGACAGGAACCAUAUUAUUUCCAAAACAUUACUUGAAUAUAACCCUGAUGGGAAAGUUUUGAAAAAUAUUUCAGAAUUCAUUAAUAGAGACAUAACCCCUGUAAGACAGAAGUUGGGUGACGGUGGAUGGGAGAAAUCGAUCCCGAAUUGCAGGCGUGAGAAAGCUCACCCUGCAGCCACUCUGCACAAACCAGCGGAAAGGGCCCUGAGUUCCAAACAGUCGGCUCAACAGCAGAACACCCAGCUUCCAGAGCAGCCGUUUGGAUGUAAUGACUAUGACAAUUCCUUCUUUACGAGAGGAAUGGUGUUCCCAAAUAACAGAGCUCACAGAGGAGACGGAAGCCUCAACUACAGUAGAGACGAAAUGGCUUUCGUAGAAAAGCCAGACCUCGGUGUUCAUCCACAUAAUCUUCUGGAAAAGAAGUCCUCUGCAUACAACAAGUACGGGAAAUUCUUCUGCAGAAAGUCCGUUUUUAUUAUGCAUCCCAGAUCUCAAAUGGAGAAGCCCUUCCAGUGUCCUUACUGUGGGAACAGCUUUCGGAGGAAGUCCUACCUCAUCGAACACCAGCGCAUCCACACGGGAGAGAAGCCCUUUAUUUGCAGCCAGUGUGGGAAAGCCUUCCGCCAGAAGACAGCCCUAACGCUUCAUGAAAAGACACAUAUAGAGGGGAAACCCUAUCUUUGUUUGGACUGUGGGAAGUCCUUCCGGCAGAAGGCAACCCUCACCAGACACCACAAAACACACACGGGCGAGAAAGCCUACGAAUGCGCUCAGUGUGGCACUGCCUUUAGAAAGAAGUCCUACCUCGUCGACCACCAGAGAACUCACACAGGGGAGAAGCCCUACCAGUGCACAGAGUGUGGGAAGGCCUUCAUCCAGAAGACAACCCUCACCGUCCACCAGAGGACGCACACCGGAGAGAAACCGUACCUCUGUACCGACUGCGGCAAGUCCUUCUGCCAGAAGACGACUCUCACCCUCCAUCAGAGAAUCCACACCGGGGAGAAGCCCUACAUCUGCACUGACUGUGGGAAGUCCUUCCGCCAGAAGGCGAUCCUCACUGUGCACUACAGAAUACACACAGGAGAGAAGUCCAACGGCUGCGCCCAGUGUGGAAAGGCCUUCAGUCGGAAAUCCAACCUCAUUCGCCACCAGAAAACCCACACGGGAGAAAAACCCUACGAGUGUAAAGCCUGUGGGAAAUUCUUCAGUUGUAAGUCAAACCUCAUUGCCCACCAGAAAACUCACAGGGCAGAGAACAUUCAUUCAAGGUCCGCCACACCCGGAUGUGGGGGAAGGCGCCUGCGGCCAGCGGCCCCAGAAACGUACCGCAGAGACCCUUGGGAGAGACCGACCGCGCCGGAGCGCAAUGGCUCGCCAGUGGUCGGAGGUUGUAUCCUAUCACUUACUGAAGAGGAGCCCAGAUCUCAAAACCAUGGCUCAGGUGAGGGACCCGUGUCCUUCAAGGACGUGACCGUGGACUUCAGUCAGGAGGAGUGGCAGCACCUGGACCCUGCUCAGAAGACUCUGUAUACAGAUGUGAUGUUGGAAAACUAUGGCCACCUCCUCUCCGUAGGUUGUGACAUGUCUAAACCCAAUGUCAUCCUCAGACUGGAGCGAGGGGAAGACCCCUGGGCAUCAUUUGCAGGUCAUGUCUGCUUAGAAGGAAAUUGGAGCUCACGAGAGAUUUUAAUGAAAUUCAAAGGACACCGUGAUACACACCCUAGAUCAUUUGUGUGUGUGAACUAUAAAGAACUGGCUAAGGAGAGCAGUACGUAUCCUGACUGUGACACCUGUGGAGACAUUUUAGAAAGUGUUUCAGAAUUAAUCAACAGUAAUCCAAGCCCUGCAAGGAAGAGACAGAGUGAGUAUGAUGGAUAUCGGAAACCAUGCCCAAAUUCCAUGCGAGACCCGAGCCAUCCUGAAUUCAAAUUCCAUACUCCAAGGGGCAAGGCUUGCGGUCACAGUGUUGAACCCAGACAUGAGGAAGCAGGCGCUCCGGGACAGCCAUUUGGACGUGAGGACUGGGAACAGUCAUCUCUUAGAAAGGGGAGUCUGUCUGUACAUAACAAAAGGAAAAGCGCAACAAAUACUGAAAAGAACCACAUCUGCACAGAAUGUGGGAAGUCCUUCUGCAGGAAGUCAGUGUUGCUUCUGCACCUGGCAGUUCACACAGAGGAAAAGCCUUACCAGUGCCUUCAGUGUGGAAACGCAUUCAGAAGGCGGUCAUAUCUCAUUGACCACCAGAGGACUCACACCGGGGAGAAGCCCUUUGUUUGCCAUGAGUGUGGGAAGCCCUUCCGCCUGAAGACAGCCCUGACGGAUCACCAGAGGACACACACAGGGGAGAGGUCGUAUGGAUGUCCACAGUGUCAGAGUGCCUUCAGGUUGAAGUCCCACCUCAUCCGUCAUCAGAGGACUCACACGGGAGAAAAACCGUAUGGGUGUACUGCCUGUGGGAAGGCCUUCCGCCAGAAGACGACACUCUCCCUCCAUCAGAGGAUUCACACAGGCGAGAAACCCUAUGUUUGUAAAGACUGUGGGAAAUCCUUCCACCAGAAAGCAAACCUCACCGUCCACCAGAGGACUCAUACAGGGGAGAAGCCCUACAUUUGUAAGGAAUGUGGAAAGUCGUUCUCCCAGAAAACAACACUUGCUCUUCAUGAGAAAACUCACAGUGAGGAGAAGCCCUAUAAGUGUACUGACUGUGGGAAGACCUUCCGCCAGAAAACAACCCUUGUGGCCCAUCAGAGGACGCACACCGGGGAGAAAGCGUACGCGUGUCCUCGUUGUGGCAAGGCCUUUAGAAUGAAGUCGUACCUCGUUGACCACCACAGAACCCACACCGGCGAAAGACCGUACGCAUGUGACCAGUGUGGGAAGUCCUUCAGUCAGAAGACCAAUCUCAACCUGCACCAGAGGAUUCACACUGGGGAGAAACCCUAUGUUUGCAGCGAGUGCGGGAAGCCCUUUCGGCAAAAAGCCACGCUCACUGCACACCAGAAGAUCCAUACAGGGCAGAAGUCCUAUGAGUGUCUGCAGUGUGGGAAAGCCUUCAGCAGGAAAGCUUACCUCAUUCAUCAUCAACGAACUCACACGGGGGAGAAGCCCUACCAAUGUGAAGACUGUGCGAAGUGCUUCCGCCAGAAGACAAACCUCAUUGUCCACCAGAGAACUCACACGGGGGAGAAGCCCUAUGUGUGUAACGACUGCAGCAAGUCCUUCAGCUAUAAGAGAAACCUCCUUGUCCACCAGAGGCUUCAUAGGGAGAAUACGGAAAUGGAACAGGAGAGCCAAGUGGCGUCUGUGCAGUCUUCCUGUGACUGGAAGCCUGCCGUUUGGGGAGGAAAAACACGCUUCCACAUGUCAUAAGUGACUGGCGUUCCAUCCCUCAGCACUGUUUACUGCUUUCCAGUGUGUGCAGUAGAUACAGGCAUUGCUGAACUGGGUCAGCUCUGAAGAUGGUUUGUAACCUUUAGACGGUUUGGCUGACUUUGAAUACUACAUCAAAACAUACUUUUAGUUUUAGAGCUACCUGACCUGCAUGCCAGCCUCCAGGCCAGCCAGCGCUGUAUGGGGGAAGACCCUCACAAAGCAACAAAAAAAAAUGUAUAAUACAUGUAGGAACAUGUUAGGAAAUGUUUACCAGCAUUAAUUACCAUACGAGAAUAAGAAUGGACCAUCUCAUUGUAUUCUGUAUUACUAGAAAGUAAUUACUGCUUUCUCUGUGAUAAGCAUAUUUACAUAUUUAAUUAAUUUUUGUUUUUUGAAUCAGGGUUUCUCUGUGUGGCUCUGAUGGUGUGUACCACCACAGCCUGGCUCAUGUUCUUAAAUUUUACAUCUGUUUUAUCGUGUCUUGGAUUUUUUUUUAACAUCCUGCUUUGUUUCAUAUUUUAAAGAUUGGUACGUUACUGCAUGUGUUAUUAGUAGUACAUUAAUUUUAAUAUUUUAUUUAAAGUAUAUUUCUAGUUGUCUUAUUUCUGGAUAUUUAUAUUUUUGAUAACUUUGUCAUAAAAAUACUGCUAUAUUCUGGUAUAUGUCUUCUGGUGUUUGUAUAUGUGUAUGCAUUUCUUAUUACUUAAUAUCAAACUGGAAUUUUUCCAUCCAACAUGU